AUGCCUAUUCCCGAGUCCGAGUACCUGAGUCCGGUAUGGAAGGACGGAAUUUUCAAUGACAGAGUUGCCUUUGUCACCGGCGGUGCUGGAACCAUUUGCAGCGCCCAAACCCGCGCUCUUGUCCGCCUCGGAGCGAAUGCGUGUAUCAUUGGCAGAAAUGUCGAAAAGACAGAGUCCAUGGCCAAGGACCUGGCCACUGCGAGACCAGGCGCCAAGGUCAUCGGCAUCGGUGGAUGCGACGUCCGGAAUCCUCAGAACCUGCAGGACGCGGCCGACAGAUGUGCCAAGGAGCUCGGCAGCAUCGACUUUGUCAUUGCAGGCGCUGCCGGCAACUUCAUUGCACCCUUGUCCACCAUGAGCCCCAACGCCUUCAAGGCUGUCAUGGACAUUGACGUGCUGGGAACUUUCAACACCCUCAAAGCCACUCUUCCGUACCUGGUUGAGUCGGCCAAGAGAAACCCCACGCCUAGCAAGGACGGCCUGACAGGUGGCCGCAUCAUCUUCGUCUCGGCGACUUUUCACUACACCGGCAUGCCACUGCAAGCGCAUGUCUCGGCCGCCAAGGCUGCCGUUGAUGCCCUCAUGGGUUCCGUGUGUUUGGAGUACGGCCCGUAUGGUGUCACGAGCAAUGUCAUCGCACCGGGCCCGAUCAAGGACACGGAGGGCAUGGAACGUCUCUCCAGCGCCAAGGCCGACCAAUCGAGGGCCGAUGCCGUCGUUCCCCAGGGCCGGUGGGGCUACAUCCGCGAUAUCGCCGACUCCACCGUCUACCUGUUCAGUGAUGCCGGCAGCUUCGUCAACGGCCAGGCGAUUCCCGUUGACGGUGGCGCGUGGAGGCGGCAGAGCGCGCUGGGAGUCGGAACCGAUGAAGACAUGAAGUACCCGGAAUUCCUGCUCAAAGGCGAGAUCUCGAAGCACGUGAAGAGCGGGCGCAAGCCGACUUCCAAAUUGUGA